GCGGAAGGAGCCGUCCGGGGGCCUGGUGCUGGAGGAGCCCACAGCGCUGCGCCACUGGCGGGGCCCGCGCGCGCACAGCAACCGCUACGAAGGAUGGGAGCGCGACUCCAACGCUCAGCAGGCGUCCGUGGCGGGGGACGCCGUGGGCUCGGCUUCCACUGCUUGCUCCGUGGACGGCAAGCCCUCCGACCGCUGGGAGUUCCCGCGCCACCGCCUCAAAGUGUUCAACAUCUUGGGAGAGGGCUGCUUCGGGCAGGUGUGGCGCUGCGAGGCCCUCGGUAUUGACGGCCAAGAGGGGCCGACGGUGGUGGCGGUGAAGACCCUGAAGGAGAACGCGACGGAGAAGGAGCGCGCGGAUCUGCAGCAGGAGCUACAGGUCAUGAAGAUGCUCGACCCGCACCCCAACGUGGUGCGCUUGCUGGGCUGCUGUACAGAGAAAGACCCGCUGUUCGUGAUCAUGGAGUUCGUGGCGCUGGGCAAGCUGCAGAGCUUCCUGCGCAGCUCGCGCGCCGAGCGUUGCUACGGCAACCUGCACGGCGCCAGCGCCUCGCUCACCUCGCGCGACCUCACCUCCUGCGCUUACCAGGUGGCGCGCGGCAUGGACUUCCUCUCCUCCAAGGGCUGUCUGGAGCGUGCCUCGUUUCAUCCACAGAUCAUUCACCGCGACCUGGCGGCGCGCAACGUGCUGGUGGGCGAGGGCCACGUGUGCAAGGUGGCCGACUUCGGCUUCGCGCGUGACGUCAUCGCCAGCCACGUGUACGAGCGGAAGUCGGAGGGCCGCCUGCCCAUCCGCUGGAUGGCGCCGGAGGUCUUUGCGGUUCUGGGUCUCUUGAAUUAUGUGGUGACGCUGGGCUCGACGCCGUACCCGGGGCUGGCGGCGGCCGAGGUGAUGCGGCGCGUGCGCGACGGCUACCGCCUGGACAAGCCCGAGCACUGCCGCCGGGAGCUCUACAACAUCAUGUACUACUGCUGGGACAAGGACCCGCAGGAGCGCCCGUCCUUCCGCGAGCUGGUGGCGCUGCUCGAGCCGCUGCUCAUGACGGAGACCGACUACAUCGAGCUCGAGCGCUUCCCCGACCACUCCUACUACAACAUGGUCAGCCUGAGCGGCGAGAAGCUGUAGCGCCGCCGGGGCGUGGCCCGGCACGCACGGCUACCUGCGCGGGCCAUGUGGAAGGAGAUGUGGAAGUGGGGCAGUGCAACCCAGAAGGUGUGAGAUAACGUGCUGAGGCUGACAUCCGAGUGACUACCAAGGGAAGGGUAAAGGGUCAUUGUCGAGGCGCAUGAGCGAUUUCCAGGGUGUGAGUCUGGGACAGAACGUGGGUAUGAGGGAAGUGUAACCUAGACGGUGACAAAAACCGGCAGAGGUUUUUAUUUUUAUUUUUGUUUUUGACGCUCUGUCUUCCACUCAGCAUUGACACUAGCGCUCAUGUACCCGUACCAGUCAGACUUCCAUCUGGCGACAUUUCUUUAGGUAAGGAAAAGUCUUUGAAGCAAUGUUUUAAAUGGAAAGUCAACCAUGAGUAUGUCAUAUCGUUUACUGUGUUCUAGUUACGUUUCUACUGUUUUCAAUAGAGCACUUUGAGGUGAGAUGCUUUGUGGAUUCGCGAACCACAAUGAAUGAGCAAGUGACUUCGAACAUUAACCAAAGGACGCAAACUCCAAAUGUCGACUUAGUGAGAAAUCGCAUUCCAAAAAUUCCCAAUGGAAUGCGACUGAACAUUUUGCGAGAUUGACAUUAAUGGGAAAGCGAAACAAGAAACCGAGCCAUUUGUUGUUUUCUGUUACGUCAUAACGGUCAAUUAAUUUUCAUAUAAUGUCAGCGAAGGAUGUAAAAUCAAUGAAGCAAGAGUUUUGGAUAUGUAAAAGCCCGUGUUCCUGGCAGUUUUUAAUUUUUAAAAUGUAAUGGGAUUUUAGUAAAUUGUCAUUGCAAUUCAAUUGUAGUAGAAUGCUAGCUUUGCCGCAUGAAAUAAUACUUUACAAAAGAGAGUAUUUUAAUGCCGGCUUUGUUAUGUUUUUUUGCAUUUACAAGUUUUCCAUAACAUAAACAUUAUCAUUUUAGGUAAUUACAUUCAAUUUAUGCAUUACUUGAAUUCGGAUUCAUUACAAUCUCUAGCCAUCCAUAUGAGUGGACCCUGAAUGACAAGAUAAUCUCAGAUGCAAUAAGAUAGAGUGAACAAAUUUCCAUUUGUAUGUUUAACUCCCGCUCUAAUUUUCACAUUAAUUAGUAUUUGGUUUGCAAAUUGGUGCUUCAUUACUUCGAAGGCAAAGCUAUAAUAUUCAGGUUGAAAUUUUCAUUCAAUGCAAAGAUUACAGGCUUCAUCUUCUGUUCUGUUAGACUCCUGGUUGCUAAUACAGAGUUAUUUUGGUGCAUUAAGAGACACUUGCAUUUCCAGUGGAAUUUUGCAAUCCAUUAAAGGUAUAUUUUAAACUUUAAAUACGCGGUAAGAUGAGCAAAAUAUUGAGGUGUUUUCAUUUCCUUCCCAAAUAUAUUUAAAAGGAAGAAAUGUAAUUGAUGAACCAACAAGGAAGUUCGCCACUUGGGUGAACUGUAACAUAUAUGCAUAAAUCCAAUUUUUUUUUUGAAGUUUAAAAGAAUUGUUAAUAUCUUUCACUAGAUCAGUGCUAGGAGAGACAAUGAGAGCACAUUUUUCGAGAUAUUUUCAUUAAAAUGUGCAGUCAUUUAUACGUAUAUUACUCAUUCCUAGAUUUACAAUCUAUGCUGGAAGACAUUUAGAUUGUGCCUUUUAACUGUGAAUGGUGAAGUACCUUGUAUGUGGAUGUAUGUUAUUAUUUUAAAAUUGCAGCAAAGUUACCUGAAAAGGGGUUUCUUUCACUCUGUAUUCUUUUAACUCAGGCACUCAGCUAGAGAAGAAAUAUUUUUUUAAAAUAUAUUGUGCAGCUAUGGACUCUACUGACAAAUCAAGUCAUAAUUUAUGAAUAAUGUAAAUAAUAACGAUAUAUUAAGUCCUCUUAUAAUGUUUCUUAUGUGUAUAUUGAUUUAUAAAUUCAUAUUUUGUUUUAUUUGUUACUUUUAUCAUCUAUUUGUAUUCUUUAAGUUACAUGUAAAAAGUCAACUAUAAGAUUUUGUUAUUGUCAAUAAUAGUUCACCAAAUUAAAUGUAAUUGUAGAAAAAUACAUUUUAGCAUUUAAUUGAAAACUGGAAUCUUUUCUAGAAAAGUUCUAUCAUCAAUAUGUUUUUACAAUUAUUCAAACUAUGUUUGUACAGGCAAAUACAUAAUUGCUUAGUGUAUAUACAUAGUACGACAGAAUAGUGUACAUAAGUAAAAUCAUUUUUUUCUUUCAACAGUAAUUCAUUUUUUUCAGUUCACUAGAAUGUUCUCCAAUGUUAAUAGUUGUUCGUAUUAAUUUAUGAAAGUAAUUUUGUGAUUGAUUUUUGUGCUGUAUUAAUGUGUAUAUUUUCAAUAAAAAGUCUAUAGGUUA